AGUAGAGCAGCCGAUUUUCCCGGCCCGGCCCAAACUCUCCAAAACCACCGCUUUUGGUUUGGUUUCUCCCUUCCCUCCGGCCGGCGCCGCCACCACCCACCCGCCAUGGCGCUCGCCGCCCUCGAGAGCUGCUUCCGCGCCGUCCCGCCAGAGGCCGUCGCCGCCGUCGUCGACUGCGUCCUCGCCUCCUCCUCCCCCUCCUCCGCCUCGCCCUCCGAGCUCUUCCUCUCGCUCCUCGACUCUUUCCCCAAGGUGCAGGACGGCGGCCACGGCCAUGCCGCCGCCCUCUCCCACGCCGCCGCGCUCUGCCAUCUGCUCCCCCGCCUCGGCGACGACCCCAGGGACGCCCUGCGCACGCUGCUCUGGAGGGUCUUCCUGCCGCUCCUCCGCCGGGAGGACGCCCAGCCCAGCCGGCUCCAGCAGCAGGCGGCCGCGCUCAUGUGCGACGCCGUCUCCCGCGCCCGGUCCUGGGACCUGCUCGGAGCCACCGUCCUGCCCUUCUGCGUCCGGUCCUGCGCUGCUGCGAUGGCUUUGCCCACCACCCACCAGUAUGACGGUGACGACUCCAUUGUGUACUGCUACCACUGGGAUGCUGUCGCCCCGGAUGAUGGGCUGUCAGGGGAGGCAGGGCUGCUGCCGCUCUCCAGGGCCACCGCGCUCCUGGCGUCGUUGCUGGGAGACGCGCUGAAGAGGAGAAGGGAGGCCCAUGAGGAGGGCGCCGACGCUUCGCUUGAUGCAUUGGUGCGGAAUUUGACCUGGGACAUGUCUAGGCUGGUGCUCAAGAUGUUUGACCUCUGCCAAGAGUAUCGGUCCUGCGCCACCCGGGCCCUCCUGCAGCCUGUGCUGACUUCACUAGCAGAUGUUUCUUGCGUCACCGUCGAGUUCGGUGCGGUCCAGCUUAAGCUAUCUAGGUCUGGUUUCUUGGAGUCCAUUUGGAACUCCUGUGUCUCUCUGUUCUCUCUUGGCCGCCCUGAGCGGUUGGAUGCGUACGAUAUACUCUCUCUGUACUUCUCGGUGUUGAAAUCGGGACAUCAGGGUGCUAUCCCAGGAGCUGACGAGGUCCAGAACUUUGAUCUAAGGAAUGUCGCUGAAUUUUGGGAUGAACUACGCAGGGGGCUGGUUGACAAGGAUUCUUCAGUAAGGAAGCAGGCCUUUUACGUCUUGAAAACAUCGCUAAGCAUAUUUUCUUUUGGAAAUGAUGGGAGCCAGCGAUGCUCUGGCAGGAGCCCAGCUGCUUUGCCUGGUCAAGACAAAUCAAAUGCCGCUGUGACAAAAAAAGAAAGGUGGGCUAACAAAGAGGCCAAGUCCCUAGGUGUUGAAGAAAUCAAGCAAUCAGAUGAACAAUGUUCAAGUGGUCAAGACCGAUGGAAGGUCUUUCUGUUACUCUAUGAGAUGCUCCAGGAGUUUGGGACACAUUUGGUUGAGGCAGCCUGGACACACCAGGUACUGUUAUUGUUUGAGUCUACCCCACAGAGUGACUAUUUGAAUCACACAUCAUACAGAGCUUUUCAUGCUCAGAUGGAAUCCGUGGAAGGAAUUUUCAACUGGAUGACGGUACUGUGGGAGCGUGGGUUUACUCAGGAUAAUCCUCAAGUGCGGUGCCUCGUAAUGCAAUCCUUUUUGGAUAUUGAAUGGGAACGUUACAAAGGCUACGCCCAAAUGGUCCCUAGAGGCUUUGUUCUUGGCCCUCUCAUACGUGGUUUGAACGAUGUAGUUCAUCAUAAGGAUUUUGGUGUCGGUGGUGUCUAUAAUUCAGAAGCCAUAAAAGGUGCAGAGAGGUUUUUCAGCAAUUAUGCCCGGAAAUUGACGAUACGUGAGCGUUUACAUCUGGUUUGGAGUCUGGCAUCUGCUGCUAAACAAGAUUCAUUUGGCCGACCAGGACUAAUGACUCUUGCAUUCUGUAUUGCGUCAUGCGCUUGUCAGUCAGAUACACAUGACUUACCAUGUGGGUCUGCUGUAAACGAAUUGGCCAAAUGCAACGGAGAUACAUCUAUAGCAGUCAAUACUGUGGAUUUUUUAGAUGCCUUAUGGAUUCUUAGUGAGAGGAGUAAACACCACUUUAAUCCAAAGUAUCGCCUAAAAGUUUGUGAACAGGUUAUCAAAGCCGUAGCAUCGUUGACAAGUGCAGCUGAAAUUCCACUCAAUCAGCUUUUUAAUUUCAUUUCUACAAUACCUCGAGAGUGUACUGAUUCUACUGGACCACUGAGGGGUACAGUCCAGAAAUGGCUUCUUCAGAAAAAAGAAUGUUCUGAGAGGAACACUUUGUUGGAUGAGCUUAUUGAUUUCCCGACCACCUUCAUGAAGCACACAGGCAUAGAGGGGUCGUAUUUAUAUGAUGACGAGGAUGUGGGUGCAUGGGAAGCUGAAGCACGGAGGUGGGCUAGGACCCUUCUUCUUGUAACCUCAGAGGAACAUCAUUUCAAGCAAAUAUUUACGUUCCUGGAGAAAUGUGGUAACAAGCUUUCUGAACAUUCUUCAACGAGAAAAUGUGCUGACGUGAAGUUUUUUAUCAUCAUUAUAUGCUUGAUCGAGGAGCUUGAAGUUAGACAGAAAAAGCUUGUUCACCAAAAUAACGCCAUCGCCGGUGGAGGUUCAGAUACGACAAAUGGAUUAGAGCACCGUGCUCUCACUCAGAUGUUUGAAAAAUCAUUGCUUUCAGUUCUGGAAAAUAUGGUGGCCUUCAGCAAGCAAUCUUGCUCAGUUUUCUGGUUAAAAAAUACAGACAACAUGGAUUUACCAUGUUCUAUUAAAGGAAGGCUUGGAGGUCCGAGUCAGCGUCGUUUAGCUACUUCUAUAACCUCUUCAGUGUUGCAGUGUAUUUGGUCUAUGAGGUGUGUUAGUUCUGUUGUCUCAUGGUGUAACCACUACACCUCUGAUGUUUCUUUUCAUUCAGCAUUUUCAUUCCUCUGGGAAUUCUGUUGGGAAGUGAUCCAGCAUUGUACUUAUGCCACUGAGAUUGGAGCUGAACUUCACUUGGCAGCUUAUGAAGCUCUAGCUUAUGUUCUAGCAGCUCUAUCUACUGCUCCCUUUUCUCAGUUUCUGGAUUUCAUGGAAACAAAGCAAACAAACCAAACCAUCAUAUUAUCAUUGGAUCUUCUGGCGACCACUUUUCUUGGUAAUAUAAACAAUCUCCUUACAAAUGGAGUCCUAACACGAAGCAGACGAGCUGUUUUAAUGUGUUGGAAGUGGCUUUGUGUAGACUCCCUUUUAUCCAUUUCUAGCUGCUGUGAUGAGAAUGAAUCUCAGAUGAAGACAUCAGGUUCCUUUUAUUCAGAUUCAACCCUCCAGUCCAUCUUUAUUGAUAUUAUUGAAAGUCUUGAAAAUGCUGGCGAGAAUUCUGUUGUAUCCAUCCUUAGAUGCGUGAGGUCUGUUUUGGGGCUUAUACACUUAAAUAGGAGUCGCCAAAAUUUAUCCUCUCUGGGCAUCAGUUAUGAGAUGAUGAUGCAAUUGGUAAAGUCUUCCUGGCUCUUGCACCUUAGCUGCAAUAAACGCAGGGUCGCACCAAUUGCUGCACUGCUGUCCGCAAUAUUGCACCCAUCAAUCUUUCCCAAUUUGGAAAUGCACCAGACAAAUGAAAAAGGGCCAGGACCUUUGAAAUGGUUUGUCGAGACUCUUCUUAAUGAAGGCUCAAAGAGUCCUCGAACUAUUCGCCUGGCAGCUUUGCACCUGAGUGGUCUAUGGUUGAUGUACCCCCAAACUCUUAGAUUUUACAUGGAGGAACUUAAGCUAUUAGCAUUAUAUGGAUCUGUGGCAUUCGAUGAAGAUUUUGAAGCUGAACUGUCUGAAAAUCACGAGGCAAGAUUUGAAGUUUCCAUGCUAGCGCAAAGUCCAGACUGUGAAUUCACAGAGGUGUUCAUUAAUACAGAAUUGUAUGCCCGUGUUUCAGUUGCUGCUCUAUUUCAUCAGCUAUGGAAGCAAAUCAAAGAAAAGAGCAAAUUGGAGACAGAAGAAGCUCUUCAAUGUGGCAAACUAUUUUUACUUAAACUUCUGGAUUCAGCGGUGAAUGACAAUGAUCUCUCGAAAGAACUUUACAAGAAAUACAGCAGUGUACAUAGGCGCAAAGUUCGUGUGUGGCAGAUGAUAUGUGUUUUGUCACACUAUGUAGAGGAAGACAUAGUUGAGGAAGUGACAUCUACUGUUCACACCUGUCUUUACAGAAAUAACCUACCUGCUGUCCGGCAGUACUUGGAGACGUUUGCUAUACUUAUUUACUUAAAAUUUCCAACACUGGCUGAAGCACAGCUUGUUCCUAUUUUUCAUGACCACGGAAUGCGACAACAGGCACUAUCUUCAUAUGUUUUUAUAGCAGCAAACGUAAUCCUCCAUUCAGGGGAGCUGGUUGUCCAGAGAAACCAUCUUAAUCAACUGCUUCCUCCAAUAAUUUCAUUUUUAACAUCCCAUCAUCACAGUCUACGUAGUUUCACUCAGCUACUUGUCCACACUGUUUUUUCCAAGUUGUGGCAUAUUUUGCAACUAGAAAGCUCAGAAAAUCCAUCCAUCGAGAGGAGGUGCUUUCAAGAUUUGAAAAAGUAUCUGGCAGAGAAUACCGACUGCGCAAGGCUAAGAGUUUCAAUCGAAGGUUUCCUUGAUGUUUUUGAUCCUGAUAUAUCUGGGACUCCACCGGGAAUAUUUACAGCUCGCAUUGAGUCGUCUGGCUUUGAAUGUGUUCCAGUGUCGGUGUUGGAGCGAGUAAAUAACUUUUUGAAUGACGUGAGGGAGGAGCUGAGGCAUUCUAUGAUAAAGGAUUCAGCAACAAUCAAGAACGAGGGUCUGGCGGUGAGCAAACACGAGGAGGGCACCGAAGAGAAGAUAGUAGCCAGUCAAGAUUUCCAGAAGAAGAUCAUACCCCACCGGGACUCGGAGCAAGCAGCGAGCAGCAACGGUGCGGUCAUGGGCAACAAUGACAUCUCGCGACUGCUCUUCGAGAUGGAGGAAGACGACGACACGUUCAACCUUGCGGUGGAAUCAAGGAAGGAGGCGGCGGAGACUGUGAGGCAGAGCCGGCAGGAUCUGAUCGUGGUGGCGUCGUUGGUGGAGCGGAUCCCGAACCUGGCGGGGCUGACCCGGACGUGCGAGAUAUUCAGGGCUGGCGGGCUGGCGGUGGGGGACAUGGGGGUGGUCCAGGACAAGCAGUUCCGGCUGAUCAGCGUGACUGCGGAGAAGUGGGUGCCGAUGGUGGAGGUGCCGGCGGAGAGCGUGAGGGCGUUUUUACAGAGGAAGCGGGCGGAGGGGUACACGGUGGUGGGGCUGGAGCAGACGGCCAACAGCGUGGCGCUAGACGAGUUUGUGUUCCCGGCCAAGACGGUGGUUGUGCUAGGGCGGGAGAAGGAAGGGAUCCCGGUGGACAUCAUCCAGGAGGCGGUGGACGUGUGUGUCGAGAUCCCGCAGCUUGGCGUCGUCCGGUCACUCAACGUACAUGUCAGCGCCGCCAUCGCCAUCUGGGACUACACCCGUCAGCAGCGCUCCCGCUCCUCCUCCUCCUCGCGGUAGGUAGCUUCCGGUUCUCCUUCCUGUUGGAGUAAACCAGAGAAGGCUGCCAUGUCUGUUGUGUAACAUGCAUGGACCUGAACAUCCAUGACAAAACUGGUCAUGAACCUUCCUCACUCAGGACUAGAUUGUUAGAUUUAUGCACUGAACUGGUCAUGCAUGAUGAAAACUCUUUGCAAGAAGAUGUCAACCACUCUAGUUAAGAUCAGAUGAAAAGUUCCUGCUCUCCAUCGCCGUGUCGUCGUCGUCGCUUCUUGCUGCAAGUACUUGACCACUUGGAGAGAAAUUUGACCAGGCAUGAUACAUAUCUGAUUGACUUGAUCAUAACAGGGGCUGCUACAUAUAAUAGUUGUGUUAGGUGCACUCAUGCAUGGAUUGACGUGCCCAGUUUUCAAAUUUGACCAGGCAUACUUGACACAAUCCAGACUGUUACUCAUACCUAUUCCUUCUUUAUGUAUGAAUUAUUAAAGGGGAAAUGUGUCCCUUAGGCAUACUAAAAGGGAACUUGAUGGCAAUAUAUCAAAGAUUUGAGUA